AUGUGUCAUUACGGAUUUCUGGCCAAUGGAAAAUCGAAGGGCUUCGGAGUGAAGAGCGCAAGAUCUUGGGUAUUCUUGUGCCUCGCUCGUGUUUCUAUCCAUUCUGUGAUCAUCCGCGCCAUGGUUCAUGACAGCAGGGCGCAAUGUAACGGAAUACAAAAUUGGAGCACGGGGAAGCUAAAGCAAGCUCGCAAGCUUGUCUGCCUCCAGCCGGCGACGGCGAUCCUAAAGAUCGAAGCUAAAUAAGAACUUUGGGUGGAACCAAAAGAAGUUGUGCAGUAGCAAGAAUAGCUACACUAGCAUAGGCAACACGGUGGUUCCAAAGAGGAGAAGAAGAAGUGAACGUUGUUGACUGCAAUGGAUCCCAC